CUUGUCGACUCGACCCAGAUCCUUUCUGCUUUGUCUUUGUUUAAAAGCGACGCGCAACAUGUGUACAUCAUUCGAAUCAAAAGAACGGCAGAUAAGGAGGAAAAAAUAUUGCUGAGAAAUAAUUGUAUUUCUUGAAUGUCGUCGCAAUGAAGUCGGUUGGAAAUAAAGAGCUAAUGCCAUUUCAUAGCGUAUCAUUAAAAAAAUUAAGCCAGGAUGCGUACACAUUAAUAGACGUUAGACCAAGAUCAGAGUACAUCACAAGUCAUAUUGCAGCUGCUGUAAACAUCCAUUGCUCGCCUUUGCUUAUACGAAGGUUUCAGCGAGGGAGUAAGUCAGUCGAAAAUUUGUUUAUGCCCGAUGAAAUCCGUCGAAAGCUUCAACGGGACACAAGCCAAAUCAUUGUUUUAUAUGAUAACGAUUCUGUAGAUGGAAACAUUGGCAACGAGAUUCGUGAAUUGGCUCGUGUUUUACAAAACGGGAAACGUUCUCGAUCAAUUUUUUUUCUAGAAGGUGGAAUCAAAGGCUUCUUAUCUGAAUACCCUCAGCUAUGUGAAUCUAUGCCUUUGAGCAUCGAAACAGAUCAGCAACAAUCAGAGACGAUUCGCGAUCCUACUGACCAUGUGUUAUUCAAUUCAUACGAAACAGAACCUGUUCACCUUCUGCCGCAUCUGUUCAUCGGCAGUGCACAACACGCAGAAAACCGUGAGGUCCUUCAAAGACUCGGGAUAACGGCCAUACUCAACGUUUCCAAAACCUGCAAAAACAACUUCGAAGAUACCUUCACGUACAAAACGAUUCCAGUGGACGACUCAUUCACAGAAGACAUUGGUUGUUACUUUGGAGAGACUUCUAAUUUCAUUGAAUCAAUCAGACGGCAAAACGGAAAAGUGCUUGUUCACUGCAAAGCUGGAAUAUCAAGAUCGGUUACGAUUUGUUUAGCGUAUCUCAUCUCAUCCUAUGGGUUAUCCCUCGAUGAAGCAUAUGAAUUUAUAAAGAAGAAAAAGACACACAUAUCGCCGAAUUUCAACUUUCUUGGGCAGUUACUGCUUCUAGAGUCAGCAAAAAACGCGUGCAAGACAAAACAGAAGCCCAUAGAUACACCUGUCUUGGAAAUUGAAAUACCAUCAAGCCCCAGAGUUCCGCUAGAAAGCCUUCACCAAAACUCUCCUUUACCGCACAGACAGGCUUUCUCGUAUCCGGUGGACCAGGCUGGUUCUUGUUUAGGCUCGUAUCUUAUAACCAAUACGGCCUUGGGGAGCAACUCUCCGAAACUGAUGCCUACGCCAACAUAAUGGUAAUUUUACACUUUAACGAUGUACAAAGAUGUGUCAUGUUACACCCUGCAACAAACUGUAUUAUCAUGAUUCAAAGCUUGCGAUCAUUUAAAGAUGAGAACUAGGCAAGCUUGAUUUCUUUAAAUUAUUUUAAAUUUGUUGAAUUGAAUUAGUUUGGUUUGAACCCAAACAUAAGACAGUAAAAGGCGCAUUUGUAUCUAAAUUUGUAAAUAAAUAAAAAAUGUUCCGUUGAUAUAAGCCUGUUGAAAACUGAAGUCUUAUUGUGUUAAUUGAAUCUAAAAAAUGUAAAUUAAAGUCGUCAUAAAAAUGUGAAUUGAUGUUGAAUUAUAUGAUUGGGAAUACUCAAAUGGA